GCAACCCAAAUUCCAACGAAAAAUUAAAAAUAUUUCUACACGUCAUCUGUCGACUGUCAAACAGUUUUACGCGAGGGUUUUCUUAUUUUUAAUGCAAAUUGGUCUGUUUUGAACAAUAACAAAAUGGUGCUUAUAGCAGCUACAGUAUGCACUAAGUCAGGGAAAGCCCUAGUGUCACGACAGUUUGUGGAAAUGACGAAGGCGCGGAUAGAGGGACUGCUGGCAGCCUUCCCCAAGCUUAUGACUGGAGGCCGCCAACACACCUUCGUCGAGACUGAAUCAGUCAGAUAUGUGUACCAGCCGCUGGACAAGCUGUACAUGCUGCUCAUCACCACAAAGGCCAGCAACAUCCUUGAGGACCUGGAAACUCUCCGCCUCUUCAGCCGAGUGGUACCUGAAUACUGCACCCAGUUGACUGAAGCGGAGGUGUUGAACCAGGCCUUCAACCUGCUCUUUGCCUUCGAUGAGAUUGUGGCUCUCGGGUACAGGGAGAGUGUCAACUUGGCACAGGUUCGUUCCUUUGUCGAAAUGGACUCUCAUGAAGAAAAGAUUUAUCAGGCUGUUAGACAGACUCAAGAGAGAGAAGCGGCUAACCGUAUGCGCGAGAGAGCAAAGGAGCUUCAGAGAGAAAGGCUCGAAGCCGCCAAGAGGGGCGGAGCGCCCCGCAGCACCAUGGCCUUCGGUAGUAGCGGUGGUUUCGGCAACCAGUCGAUGUCUUCAGCUGCAGGAGUGGAACCCAUCGCGGAGAAGAUACCCACUACACCCGCGAGGGACACUCGUCCAGCAACUCGUUCAGCGAUGAAGCUCGGCUCCCGCGGCACCGACGCCGAGUCCUUCGUGUCCAAACUGCGCAGCGAGGGCGACGCCGCCGCCGCGGUCACCCCCGCUACUCAACCCGACGUCAAACCUGGGGCUUUACCGGCGCCCGACCAGAAAGAUGUUCACCUGAGAUUUGAGGAGAGGCUUAACCUGGUGGCCGGACGCGACGGUGACAUACAGAGUUUCGAGCUCUCUGGUCUCCUGACACUGCGUAUCAGUAACGAACAGUUCGGCCGCAUACAAGUGCACGUCGAUAACAAGGACACCAGGCCGUUGCAGUUACAGACUCACCCCAACGUGGACAAAGAGGCGUUCCGAUCCAGCGGCGUCAUCGGCCUGAAGCAGGCGCAGAGACCGUUCCCACUCCACUCUGACGUCGGCGUACUAAAGUGGCGUCUCGCUACCGCCGACGAUAAGCUCGCCCCUAUCUCAGUCAACUGCUGGCCGUCAGAGGGCGCCAACGGCGGCUGCGACGUCAACAUCGAGUAUGAACUCGAGCAGGACCACCUUACUCUGCAAGACGUCACCAUCAACAUUCCUCUGCCAACCGGCAACAGCUCAGUAGUGGUCCACCAAUGGGAGGGUAGCUACGCGCAGAAAGGUCGUAACCUGAUCUGGAGUAUCCCACUCAUCGACAGGCAACACAAGUCAGGCAGUCUUGAGUUCACGGUAACCCCAGCGAUCCCCAACGACUUCUUCCCGCUGACCGUGUCGUGGAGCUCGGACACCACGCUGGCGCUGCUCGCGGCCGUCCGCGUGGCGCAGGCCGCCGACGGCGAGCCCGUCGACUACUCGCAGGAGAUCAGCUUCCAUCCAGACAAGUAUGAGAUCGUCUAGGUGCGUUACACCCGAUCGAGGGGUUACUGGUCAAACCCAAUGAGUCGUGCAAAUGGGUUUUUGAAAUUAGAACUAUGUAUGACAUGCGUAGAGAGAACUCUACGCAUACUUACAUAAGAAUAUUUAAUUGACAAAAUUUAUCUCGAUUUAUCGGGUCGGUGACCGCCCAUCCUUCGCAAUUUCAGUUAGGCAAACUAGUAGUGACCGUGAGAUAUGUAUGAAAGUUAACUUUUGUUAUUUCUUACUUCAUAAAUGAUCUAUCAUUAUCGUUUGUAAAGCGGCCGAAUGCGCGCCUGUUGACUAUUCGCAGGAGAUCAGUUUCCAUCUUGACAAGUAUGAGGUCGUCUAGGUGCGUUGUCACACCCAAUGGAAGUUGUACAAACUCGUUGACUAUGAGAUUCAUUUAAAACUUUCGCAUUUUAAACAUUUAAACCGGGUCUGUCGCGAAUUUGUUUUGCUUCAUUUCCGACGUUUUGACGCAGGUUUCAUUCAGAAAUAUAAUCAUAUUCAUUUAUUUGCACAUAAAAAGGGUUUUACAUAGAAGAUAUUAUAAAAGUUACAUGAUCUAGCCUUUGUAGCUGUUUUUUGGCAGCAUGCAAAUGGGUCCUUAGAAAUCAUAAUCAUUGUUUUACUGGUCGGCACCACGACCACGCGAUGCAUGUAGGCUGUCUUUCGUUCUUUGUUUCUUUAAUAAAAAACAUCAAACUCGAUGUAUGUACCAACUUAUUAUCAUGGCUAUUAUGUGUUUGCGAAAUAAAAUAUUACACAUUUAAAUUAAGUUUAAAUUGUUUAUUCAUUUAUUUUAUUGUAGUUAAAAUACCAUGUUCACAUAAGUGAGGACACUUUGUAAAUCAUUGAUAACAUAUUUUUUAGCUAAAAAAGUAUUAUAAAAUGUGUCAAUUCUACUCGUACAUACCUACCAAAAUGGUAAGAGUAAGAAUGUCUACUUUGUCUAAUUAUGAUUGAUCGAUUUUAAAGAUAACUUUAGGAGUAAGUCACAUAUGCAUAACGUUCAAAAUUGAACAUGUUGCAAAAUAUAUGUAUUUAAACCUAAACUGAUUAUAUUAAUGUAAAAUAGCUAUACAAACUGUAAAAUAUUAUAAUAUUAUCAAUAAACACUGAAAAUAUA